AUGCUGGUUGCCAACAAUUCCUAUGUGGCUCCUGAUUCUUUUAUUCUGAAUGGAAUCCCUGGUCUGGAAGCAUUCCACGUGUGGAUCUCCCUCCCACUCUGCACAAUGUAUGUGAUCGCCCUAGCGGGCAACCUUGGCCUCGUAUACCUCAUUUAUAAUGAGGAACCCUUACACCGCCCCAUGUAUUUCUUUCUGGCCAUGCUUUCCCUCAUUGACCUGCUGACCUGCUCAACCACCCUCCCCAAUGCACUCUGCAUCUUCUGGUUCAACCUGAAGGAAAUUAACUUCAAUGCGUGCUUAGUUCAGAUGUUCUUUGUCCAUGGGUUCACAGGUGUGGAGUCCGGGGUGCUCAUGCUCAUGGCUCUGGACCGUUAUGUAGCUAUUUGCUAUCCACUGCGUUAUGCCACCAUCCUUACCAACACCGUCAUUGCCAAAGCGGGGCUUGCCACCUUCCUCAGAGGUGUGUUGCUGAUGAUUCCCUUUCCAUUCCUGGUCAAGCGUUUACCGUUCUGCCAAAGCAACAUCAUAUCCCAUACAUACUGCGACCACAUGUCUGUAGUAAAGUUAUCCUGUGCCAGCAUCAAGGUCAAUGUCAUCUACGGUCUGAUGGUGGCACUCCUGAUCGGAGUGUUUGACAUCUGUUGUAUAUCUGUGUCUUACACCAUGAUCCUCAAGGCAGUCAUCACUCUCUCGUCCUCAGAUGCACGACAGAAGGCCUUCAGUACCUGCACCGCUCAUAUAUCUGCUAUCAUCAUCACUUACGUCCCAGCAUUCUUCACUUUCUUCACUCAUCGUUUUGGGGGUCACACCAUCCCCCCUUCUCUUCACAUCAUUGUGGCUAAUCUUUAUCUUCUUCUUCCCCCAACUCUCAAUCCCAUAGUUUAUGGAGUAAAAACUAAACAGAUCCGAGAUAGUGUCAUGAGGUUUUUUCAGGGUGAGAAAGUUACAAAGUGA